CACCUGGAAAGUUUUUGACCUUGACACGUAAUCAUUACGUAAUCAUGUGUGUUGGUGCGUUUUGGUUGGUUGUAAAUAUUAGGUUUUGUUUUGGUAUUUAAAUUAUUUUUAUAAUGGCUCUUCCAAGAACUUUUGUACAGUAUAUGUUUGGAGUGUAAUUCAUCAAAAAUAAAUCUUAAGAUUUAAUAUAAAAUACGAUGGAAGGACGGUAUAAUCUAAAAAGCCCAGGUAUCUUUCAGUGACAUACUGACAUUGUUUAUGUUUACAUUUUAGUAACACCGAACAACACCGAACAUCAGAACUCAAUUUUGUUUUAUAUCUGAAUUUACUAAUCGUAAAUGUGGGUCUUAAUUCUUCCAAAGAGUCAAUGUAUAUCUUACAUUGUAUAUAGUAGAAAGACAUUUUAUAAUUGAGUCCCGAUGCUUUCAUAGUUUCACUUUUAAUUAGUGAAAUUAUAGACAUACUGACACAGUAGGGUGUAUUGCAGUUUAAUAGGUGACAAAAUGCACAAGUAGAUAGUCUAGUUUACCCAUCAAUGUCCAAUGCCUCUCCUAGACACGUAAAAUCAUCUGGCAUCAGGCAAAGUAAAAUAAGUAGGGUGCAUAAGGGUGUAUUUGUGGUUUACCAGUGCAUGGCAUUGUUUGGAAACUGACUAGUCCACAUAUUACCCUGCUGGGCUGCUUAUUAACAAUAACCCCACUUGGUCAUGUCAUCUGCUCUGAGUUAAGCAGAGAACUUUCUAUGUCAUAUUCAUAUAACAUGGUAUUCUUGAUUUUUUUCUGACAGCUGUAAAGCGUCUUAUGAGAGAAGCUAAAGAACUAUGUGAAGCUACAUCACAAUACUAUGCACAACCUCUUGAGGUAAGGUAGGCUUUCACUAGUUGAUGAUAAGCACAAUCAAGCAAAAAAAGCACCUUGGAUCACCGAGGCUCGCUAUUUGUCAAGCACCUUUGUUUUGUAAAAUUUGGCACCUCUAUAAACAGGCUAUGAUUAACAAAUGUUCUGGUUUAAUUUUCAGGACAAUUUGUUUGAAUGGCAUUUCACCGUUCAAGGUCCAGCUGACAGUGAUUUUGAAAGUGGACGUUAUCAUGGUCGGAUAAUAUUGCCACCCGAAUACCCCAUGAAACCACCUAGUAUCAUGCUUUUAACUGUAAGUACAUCAACAUGAUAAAUUGAAUAGGAGUGGUAACACUUUUAUAUCAUACACAACACCAGCACUAUAUCUUCCAGACCACCAACACCAUCAUUGAUCAACGACGAAAUCACCAAUUCUGACCACAAUCAAAAUCCUCUUUGAAACAAAUGAAUUUCUAAAAAUCAGCCCAGUAUGCAUCUUAAUUUCCUUUCUCCUGUCUUGUUUUCGUUUAGUACAAAGUAAAAAAUAUUUAAAAACUGACGUCAAAUAUUUUGUGUUCCAGCCAAAUGGCAGGUUUGAAACUGGUAAGAAGAUCUGCCUAAGUAUGUCAGCACAUCAUCCCGAAACUUGGCAGCCUUCUUGGAGCAGUAAGUGUGCCUAAGAUCCUAAGAUGUUGUGUUAUCUGUUUCUGCAGAUUGUUUCUUUUGGCAGUUGUUGUAUGGUUGUCUGUACAUGUUUUAGUUCGAACUGUCUUGUUGGCGAUCAUUGGUUUCAUGCCAUCGAAAGGAGGAGGAGCAAUUGGUGCUUUGGAUUAUACCAGUGAUGAAAGAAAAAUAUUGGCUAGAAAGUAAGGGGUUGUUGUUCAUCAAAGAAAUUUUUAUUUCCCACAAGUUUGUGGAUAAAGUUUAAGUCUGUCAACUCAAUGAAGUGCUAGCACUCUCCCCUUGACAAGUGAAAUUGUGCGGCAUUAUCAGAGUAAAUAAUAAGUAGGGUGCUUUGGGGUGCAAUGCAACUUAAUGGGUUAAUAUUACUGUGAAUUUGUGGUAAGAGUAUCCUAGAAACGUAUUGUAAAUAUUUUAUCUUUUUCAGGUCAAUGAAAUGGACAUGUAAUGUUUGUGGUAGCUGCAACGCAGACUUGCUCAAAGAAGGUACGAGGGAGUGCAGUGGAUUGUCAGCAAGGUGUGAAGAUAGAUUCUAAUGUAUUCAUUUAUUUUUUUCCUCAGAAGAUUCCAAAAAUAAGCGAGAGGCAAAUGAAGAAGAUAUGGAAUUAGCAUCACAAAUCAGUUUUAAGGUAUUGCAUCCAAAUGAAAAUGUUUUGCAGAAUCCUAUAACUAUUACAUUCAGGACAAGCAUCAGUCAAACAUAUCAAUUUCACAUCUUUCCAAGAUUAAAGUUGUUGGGCAUGUACGUCUGGAAAAAAUCACAUCUUCAAGAGGAACACCUAUCUAAGAAUGACAGUAUCUUUAUAUAUAGUAAUGUGCCUUCAGACACUGCUCUUCACUCUAUACAGAGACAUCUCUCAAACACUUUAGAGCUGAACAAGACUAAAGGAAAAUCAUUUUAUACAAGACAACCACCAUUCUAACUAAGGCAGACAACUUUCUAAGAACACCUCUUUAUGAAGAGUCCUUUCCUUAGGCAGACAACCAAUCAAUCCUCGGUACCUUUUACACCUUAGUCUCCCUUGCAAAAGGGCGGCUGUGAGGGAGACUGUGCACACUUUGCAAAGACGAACACCUCCUUAUUCUACAAAGUAAUAGAUUGAGAGUGGAAUAGUUUCCUUUUCUUUGUUUAACAGGGUGAAAAUGAAGCGAAAAUGGAAGAGAAGACACAUGUAGACGGUUCAGUUGACAUGCCAAAUGGCGACAUAUUGACCAACGGACAAAAUAUUGAAGAUAUUUUAUCAGCACAAGAUGAAGUAACCUCCAACACGGCAGAUACCAGAGAGACACACAACUCUGCAAAUGUUGCGAGAAAGCGCGCGCGAAGAAGCUCAAAUGAAAGACAUGACAAUAGAGACAGUUCAGUACAAUCCACAAGUACUUCUCAAUCAAAUGGAUAUCUUUCGCUUGUUUUAAUACUUCUUUUUACUUUAUUCCUCAUAAUUUUGCUGCUUCGACGGGUUUACUACAAGUAAUCAUACAUUUACAUGGGAAUUUGUAAAGAUAAAUAUUAUGAAUAUGAGCUAAAUUUUGUAUAGGGACGUAUUAGAUGGGAUUUUUCACAGUUAUCUACUUUUCAUACAAAUACAGUAUUAUACGCAAGGUUUAUUUAUAAAUGGGAAUCUGUACAAAUAAAUAUUGCCAAUAAAUAGAGCUGAAGAGGAAUAAGUAAAGUAGUUUUGUUUGAAACACUUGAACCGGUGGUAUUAAAGAGAGUGAUUUUACAGUUACUUUGGAAUCGACUGCUCGGUUCUAUAAUUAGAUGAAUUUUUGAAACGCAACAUUCUCACGAAUGAUAAUUUAUUUUCGUAGCCACAGAAAAGAGUGAAUUAUAGUAUUCUGUAUCUUAUCCAAAUCUCACGCAAAAGGCCUCUAGACUAAAGCUUUCUAUGAAUCAGAAUGCUGUUCAGUAGUUUUGUUACCGUAAUAUGCUUCUAGUUUUACUACGCAAGUGAAAAAGCGCGCGCUUUAAACUUUCCCGCUACUGGUGGUACCAUUCUCAUCGACCCUGUUCAGUCCUAACAUUACUAUCAAACGCGCGGCCUCGUUGCGUUUCCAUGCGCGCCAAUCAUCCUGUAAGAUCUUAAGCAAUUUCUCCUUCAUAUUCUUCAUAUCAAGAACAGCGACAUGAUUUGUAUAAUUCCCGUCCACGAGUACAGCCAAGCAAGCAGUUGCGCCGCGACGUAAAGCGAACACGCGACAAUCCAGAAGGGUGUACAAUGUCUCUAAUAACCCAUUCCAGCGUGCUUUCUCUUGAUUCUCCUUGGUUCCGACACACACUUCAAUAAUCGAGUACAAAGUUUGCUUUUUAAGUUCAACUGGUUCAUCGUCGUCUAGGAGGAUUCGACAGAACUCCAUUAAAUGACUCGAGGCAAAUUUAGCAACAGCAGGACCGCCCAGCCAUGCGAUAUGGCCGAUAUCUCGUACAGCGUUGAUCUGCUCACGAGGAUAAGGUGAUAAGCUCAACUUUUUCCCCGCGAUUACGAUAUCUCUUUUGUAGUAAUUGUCGUCCAUAAUCGCUCCGACAUCAUCUAAAUGUUGUUCGCUGGCCGACUGUUGUUGCCGACGUUGGAAUAUGCCAAAAACUGACGAGAGAAAUCCCAGAAUUGACGAGAGGAAUCCUGGAAUUGCUACCAUGUUUGGUGGUAUAUUUUCACGGAAAUGGUAAGACGUGUUCUGGUUUACGUGCUAAACUACAAGUUGACAUGUUUAACAAAGUUAGCGGCGAAAAUUGGCAUUGUGACGUCAUAGAUUAGUAGCCAUCUCUCAAAAGUCGAAAAGACAAGAGAAGACUAUGCAGAUCGAAAAUUAUCAUCGUGACGUCAUCAAUUAAAAGCCAUCACUCAAAAGAUGAUCCGAAGGACGCUAACAAUGCAUCUCAAAAGUGCAUAAUUGAAAGUUUCAACCGAUUUUUUAUGUUCUUACGAGAAUAUGUAACGUUGCAUUAGGUACCAGGCCUGCUUGAUCUAAAGUCUGCGUGACAUCAUCGUAUACCAUAUUUGGGAAUGACGUCUUGAUCCGGUAUUGAUCAUGCAAUUCAGGUCU